AAUAAUAAGACAUCACUUUCUUCUUCCUCUCUUUUCUCUGUAACUGUCAUUCUCCAUUACAAUUAAUUCGAAGCUCUCAUUCUGCCAUUAGAGUAGCUUCCUGAUAACUGUAACAUUGGUAUCAGAGCUCCUUCUCGAUCCAAACCACGACAAUCUGGCCAAUACACGUGCGAAGAUCAAGAUGGAAGAAGCAUUGAAGAAGAUGAUCGAACAACAACGCGAUUGGAUGGCAUCGCAGCUUUCAGAACAAUGGAAACUCAUGGAAGAACAAGUCUCUCGGCUAGCAAAUCAGCUGCAGGAUUUGCAGACACAAGGAUCUGGCAGCUAUCAAGAGUCAGGAAAUUCAUCAAAUCACAAUGGAGGCAGAAAUCCAUUCCAUUUUAAUCCGAAGAUCGAAUUUCCAUCAUUCGAGGGAGGAAAUCCACGAGAAUGGAUCAAGAAAUGCAGACAAUACUUCUCCUUGUGUAAAGUACCUGAAGAACAGCAGGUAAAUUUAGCCUCUAUUCAUCUCAAAGGUAGAGCUGAAAUUUGGUUUAGUAACUAUGGUCAAGGGAGAAAUAACAUUUGUUGGGAUGAGUUUGUCAUGGAUUUGGGGGCCAGAUUCAAGGAAGAUGAUCACAAUGAUAUAGUAGAAGAAUUCAAUAAACUCUGUCAAACAGGAGACUUAGAAGAAUAUGUGGAUAAGUUUGAAGAACUUAAAGGGCUGUUGUUAAGGAAGAGGCCUAACAUGCCUCAGGAGUAUUUCCUGGAUAGCUUUAUUGCAGGACUAAAGCCACAAAUUAAGCCUUUUGUGAAGGCUUUUGCUCCCACAUCAGUAACUAAGGCCAUUAGUUAUGCAAGGUUGCAAGAGCAAACUGUGGAAGCCUGGAGAACUCAAGAUAAAUCCAACAAGCACUCACAACUUCAAUCUAACAUGGGAAGGAAUAAUACACCUUUACUAGCUAAGCCUGAAUCAUCUGCCAAAUCCAGCACUCCAACAGGCUAUCAGGGUGCAUUCAGACCUCAGGGCAGUUACAACACGUCUAGCUCAGCCAAUAAACCAACCUUCACGCAGAGAAAUCCCAAGUUCAUCCCUGCAUCUGUCAGGGCUGAGAAAAUAGCAAAAGGGCUAUGCUAUUAUUGCGAUAAACCAUUUGAGAAGGGACACAAGUGUGAGAACAGGGAGACUCAACUAUUUUUGGUAGAAGUGCUGGGAGAGGAAGAAGCUGAGCAAUUUGAAUUGGCUGAGGUGGAAGCAAGGGUUGAUAAUGACCCCUCCAUCUCAUUUCAUGCUAUAUCUGGGGGCAAUGGAUACCAGGCAAUGAGAGUCACUGGGUUUGUGGGCAAGAAGGCUUUACAACUCUUGAUUGACUCCGGGAGUACACAUAAUUUCAUGGACAUCAAUCUAGCUUACAGAUUGGGUUGUUACUUGGAACCCAUUUCUACAUUGAAGGUGACAGUGGCAGAUGGCUACAGCUUACAGUGUACACAUGUCUGCAGAAAGUUUAAAUGGAGGUUACAGGGUACUGAGUUCACCUCUGACAUGUAUAUCAUGCCAAUAGGAGGUUGUGAUAUUGUGCUUGGCAUCCAGUGGUUAACUACUUUAGGUACUGUGGUGGAAUUUCAAACAACUACAUAUGGAGUUUGAAUAUUUGGGCAGGAAUCAUGUACUUCGAGGAGCUAAACAAAGGAUCAGUGUGAUG